AUUGUUGUUAAUGUUAUUAGUAAUAUCAUGUAGUAAUAGGGCCUACUGGCUGUGUGUAUGGCUAUUGCUUUAAUAUAAACAAAUCAGUAUGGCAGCAGAGGUACCCGGCGAGAGGAAAGUGUUCGUUGUCGUGUGUCCAUUAAAAUGCUUCGAAAGUGGUCCAGGGGGGGGGGGCGGAGUUUCAGAGGCUUAUUUAAUCGAUAUUAUAUAUAGAUAGUCUACUAAUAUGUAGAAAAUACAUAGACUAUAAUUUUUUUUUUUUUUUGCGUAUUGUGGUUUUCCUUCUUUUCUGUGAGGGCGGGGGAGCAAGAAAACUUUCUGAGGGAAAUUCACCCCCCCCCCCGUAGCGCCGCCACUGUUCAAAAUUUACAAAUUUCAAGAAUAAUAAUAAUUUUUAAUACUGUACUCCCAUUCCAAGGAAAGAUUAUCAAAGGAGCACUGUAACAGCAAGCUUCUGAAGAGAUGAUUUUUUAAUAUAGAGGUAGAUGACGUAAUUGGAAGAAGGUAGUACGUUCCAAAGAUAAGCGGCAGUGCAAAUGUUCUUUAGCUAUCUGUUCUUGCGUCCCACACAUAUUCAUUAUUAAAGCUUAUUGCUUUUGAUACACUUUCCCAUUUAUCAGCUUAUUUAAUGUUUAUGCAUCUGCUUCAUAUACUGUAAUGAAUUGUGUUAUGAUAAAUGAACUGUAGUGCUACUAAACUGACCUGAAUUAGCAAGCAGACUACCGCAACAGUAGCCAUCCAUUGUGUCCGAUAUCCGGGUUAUUACAAACUCGAGAGCGUAGGUAACUGUGGCAACGAAUAUGUCGUGGUUUAUUGUGGAUUAUCUCUAUUGAAAUCAUUAAUACAUUUUAAGUUAAUACGCACUCAAUGCCAUUCGUAAACUAUCAACCAUCCGAUGUUAAUCUAGUUGGUUUUAGAACAGCAAAUCAUUGUACAUUGGUUUCGAAAACAGGUUUAGAAUACACGGUCAGACAUGAAGCUGUCAAGGCUAGUUACAGCAGUGUACUGCAUAAGCACUGUAUACAUAUGCUUAUGCGAUGCUUUUGACUUUUCGUGCCAACUUUUGUUUAGUUACAAAGGUAUCACUAACGAUCUCAUUAAAAAAGAGCAAUUUAAUGCAUAUAAGACUGAAUCCGGUAUUAAUGCAACAACGUCUUGGCUCUUCGAAACCAAUGUAACCUGGACAACACCAGUGGCAACUCAGCCUGGGCACAGUAUCGAUCGUUAUUUACUAGAAAUUCAACGGGUUCCGCUCAGCAACACCUUACCCACGGUAUAUGGGAAUUGUGGAAUAGAGGUUACCGAUGAUGAUAUAAUCACCAACAAUACUUGGUACAUAUUUGAAAACUUGGCUUACAAGGAGUUGUACUCUUUUCGCGUAUAUUUUAUAGAACUAGGUACAAGCACAAGAGGUCAACCAAGCGUACAAAAAAUCAUUCAUACGGAAGAUUGCUUCAAGUUGACUCGCGAUGGAGAAUUUUGCACGAAACAAGGCGUUAGGCUCAGUGGAGAGAUAUUAGAUUUACGUGUCGAAAACAUCACAAUAAAUAGAGAUAUGGAGACGGUGACAGCAUUUGUAUCCUGGAUUCCGCCUGUGCACGUGGCAGAGAAUGGCUCACUCUCUAGGUAUAUUUACUCCUACUCGGGAAAGAUUCAUAAAGUCACAAGCUCAAGUUUUGUGGAGGCUGGGAAAACAUCGCAUUGGUCUCAUAGGCAGACUUUAAACAUCUCUAACCUACUACUUGAUGAAACCUAUACGUUUUAUAUGCAGCCGAUUGUUGUAAUUGAGGGUCAAGAUUACCUUACGUCAGAUACGAAGACACAGAUGCAGUUCAACGCCUCACCAGAUGUGGGAAUCUGGACGGAAUGGAGUUAUUCAUCAAUGUGUGAAUUACCGUGUGAGGGCGUUCAGAGUCGAGCAAGGGAAUGCUAUCCUAUGUACGCCAACUGUUCGGGCGAAGGCUCGGAUAUCACUAAUUGCUACAACGCUAGUGAAUGUACAACCAGACAGGAAAUUCCUGAAUCUCGUUCGGUUAUGACUUAUGUUCUAACAGUAAUCCCCGGUCUUUUAUUUUUAUCAUUUACAUCACUCUCGUACUGUCUAUACAAACGGAAGGAAAAGCAUGGUGUAAAAGAAGCUUUGGAAGAAAUACGAUUUUCUUCAUUGGAUCCAGUUUUCAAAGACUUUGAAAUAAAAUCUAAAGAAUUUAUUUUUUGGGGAGAAAAGAAGAAGAUAGGUAGUGGAAGGUUCGGAUCAGUUUACUCGUGUGAAGUUUACGGUCUUGUGAAGGAGAACCAGUACUCAACAGCCGCUAUCAAAACUCCGUUAGAAACAUCAAACGCGGCAGAACGGGUAGCCUUUAAGAAAGAGAUCGAAUUGAUGAUUCAGAUUGGUAAGCAUCGACACAUUGUUGAACUCCUUGGAUGUCACACCACAAUGGAUCCGAUCCUGAUGGUGAUGGAGUUAAUGCCAAAUGGCAGCUUGCUUGAUGUUCUUAGAAAAUGCGAACAGUCGACAAAUAGUGGAUUGUACAAACAUGAGGUAUAUAACUUAUGUGAGGACAAUCUUUACAGUUUCGGUAGACAAGUAGCAUGUGGAAUGGAAUACAUUUCCAGUCAAAAGGUUGUUCACGGAGACUUAGCAGCGAGGAAUAUUCUCGUCGGAGUGGACAACUUAGUCAAGAUAUCAGACUUUGGUCUCAGUCAGGACACGUACGAGAAGAGCUACGUGCGGUUAAGUGACGGAGAAAUGCCGGUAAAAUGGUACAGCUUGGAAACAAUCACUGAAAACUUAAUGACAGUGAAAAGUGACGUGUGGUCUUUUGGUAUUCUUCUAUACGAGAUAUUUACAUAUGGGAAAUCACCUUAUCCUGGCAUCGUGGUACAGACGCUGCCGUCUCUGCUUCAGUCUGGCUACAGAAUGCAGCGACCAGAGCAUUGCCCAUACCCAGCAUAUGAGUUAAUGACACAUUGCUGGACCGAAUGUCCAACUAAAAGGCCUUCGUUUACAGAACUUCUUAAGGAACUAGACAGUAUAAUCGAAGCACGGGUUGGAUAUACAUAUUUAAAAUUAGCUAAAACAACAUCCACUGACGUUAAGGAUGAAAGUGAAAAUUGUAAACAUCAAGACAUCGAUGAAGUGUCGAGUGACUCCGGUAAUGUGGAGCAGACGGUACCUGAAGAUUACUUACCUUUUUAUAACGAGGGGUUUCAACUCGACGAUCUAGACCCCGACGAUAUUGCUAGGUGUCUUCGAAAAUGUAACACUGAGCUGAUCAGCAAUUGUGACAUUGAGUUUGUUCCUCGCUUAGAAGACAGUGAGACUGGUAGUACCGCGGUAUCAGAGGCACAUUCGAGCAGUGUAAUAUCCUCCGUUGAUUCAUCGUUCCUUGCAAGAUGCCUCGUAUCAAGCAACACCAAACUCACCAAUGAAAAUAAGGUCACACUGGUACCAAUAUUUGAAGACAGUUGACAGAUACAAUCAGU